AUGGGAAAGCAAGGGCAAGGAGCCAUCGGAUACAACCAACUUGUUCGCAUCGAUACCCUCCUCUACCUCCUGUUGUACCCUCAGCAGCCCCUCGUCAAGACCAAGACCAUCGAACUCAUCGGUUACGACAAGCUUCCGGCCGGCAACAAUGCCAUUAUUGGUGUCAUGUCUUUCUCUGGCUACGACAUUGAAGACGCCCUGGUGCUGAACAAGGCUUCGUUGGAUCGAGGAUACGGUCGCAGCCAGACCAUGAAGAAAUCCUCGACGGUAAUUCGAAAGUACCCGAACGGCACGCACGACAGAUUGGCGGAUGCGCCGGUCGAUGACAGUACGGGCAAGCGACAGAAGCGAUACGAUAUUCUGGAGGCCGACGGCAUUGCAGGUGUCGGUGAGAGGGUCGAGCAGGGAGAUGUCUAUGUCAACAAGCAGACACCCGUCAAUGCCAACGACAACUCGUCGGCGGCCAUUAUGGUCGGGGCUUCCAACGCUGCAGCAUCGGUGGCGUACAAGUCGGCACCUCUGUCGUACAAACCGCCCGUAUCGGGUUAUGUCGACCAAGUGCUCAUCACCGACACCGACAACGACCAGACUCUGAUCAAGGCGCUGAUCCGCCAGACGCGGCGACCCGAACUCGGUGACAAGUUCUCCUCACGACACGGACAGAAAGGGGUGUGUGGUUUGAUUGUCAAUCAAGAGGAUAUGCCUUUCAACGAUCAAGGUAUCACUCCGGACAUGAUCAUGAACCCGCACGGAUUCCCUUCACGUAUGACAGUGGGCAAGAUGAUCGAACUGCUGUCCGGUAAGGCCGGCGUCAUCUCUGGAACGCUCCAGUACGGAACUGCGUUUGGCGGAUCGAAAGUCGAGGACAUGUCGAAGAUCCUCGUUGAGAACGGCUACAACUACGGUGGCAAGGAAACGCUUACAUCAGGAAUCACCGGUGAACCGCUCGAAUGUUACGUCUACUUUGGACCCAUCUACUACCAACGCCUCAAGCACAUGGUGCAAGAUAAGAUGCAUGCACGCGCACGUGGACCACGAGCCGUUCUAACACGACAACCUACCGAAGGUCGAUCAAGAGACGGUGGAUUGCGACUGGGAGAGAUGGAGAGGGACUGUCUGAUCGGCUACGGAGCAACACAGCUGCUGCUGGAAAGACUGAUGAUCAGUUCGGAUGCCUUCACGGUGCACGCCUGUCAGAAGUGUGGAUUGAUGGGAUACAACGGAUUCUGCCCGUACUGCAGCAGCAGCAAGCACGUGGUUCAGCUGACCAUCCCGUACGGCACCAAGCUGAUGUUGCAGGAGCUGAUGGCUAUGCAGGUCGUGCCUAGGUUGAUUUUGGAGGACGCUGUGUAA